AGGCUCAACUGAAAUACGACAAAAUGGGUUCGCGCAAGUAUUUGUUCAUGUGCGUGUGUGUCCUCUGUAUGGUUACAUCGACCGCCCUUCAGCCCCGGCUUCCCUGUGCAGCUCAACUUUUUGGCUGUGGCCUCGACGUGGGCUUUGACUUCCAGAAUGACUGUUGUGAAUGCUUAGAGUUUUUCCCGACAGACGAGAGCUUGAGUAUAGACAUACUCUGCGCCGCACUAGAAGACACUCCAUCCUGCUGCCCAUGUGCGCAGACGGCACUUACCCAAUCACCUCCAGAAAGAGAUUGCUCGGAUUGCCCGCAAGAGAAACUAGAGGAUCUGGUCGACAUAUUCGAAAAACUGGAGAAAAUUGCUCGUCGUAUUGCUCGUCUUGAAGAGAAGGGGAAACACGACCGUACUGACAGACUAAAGAAACGACGGGCAAGACUUGUGAAAAAAGGCGUCCGUCUCAUUGAUGAGCUAGAAAGAGAGUGCUAACACUGACGUGGGUCUUUCAACACAAAAACAGAAUACGUGACUAUGGGCGAAAGCUGGAGCCACAGAAAUUAGCCUAAUAGAUAGCUUUAUGUCAUGUCUGACAUACACAUUGGUAUAUUGAUAGUGAAUACAGCAAUGCAUUAAAUUGG